AGAGCGCGCGCCUAACAACAGCAAGUGUACACAGGACGAGUGCGUGUAUAUCUCUCAACGUGUUUCAGACGGGAUCAAGAAUAGGCUACUUAAUGUCUCUAAUCUUAUAUAUAUGCAUGAAUCGAUCUGGAGUUUCUCAACAGGAACUGUUAAUCUGAGCCGCGUCGCUGUAUUCUUUCUGUGGAAGCUGCAAUCGACUCUGCUUUAAAACGGAGUUAACCAUGCCUGCCGAAAACAGCGACCAGGAGACCAUGCUGAGCUAUCAGAGGCCUGAUGAGGAAGCUGUGGUGGACCAUGGUGGCACCAGCUCAGUUCUGAAUAUCCAUUAUGAGAAAGAAGAGCUAGAGGGUCACAGGACUUUGUUUGUGGGUGUGCGGAUGCCCAUGGGCAGGGAGUCUCACCGUCAUCACCGGCCACACAGCUCCAAACACCGCAGGAGAUCUGAGAAAGUGAGAGCUGAAAGCGUAGCUCAGGAAGACGGGAACACAGAAAGUACCUUAGCAUCACACGAUACUCCAUCCCAGAGGGUUCAGUUUAUUUUGGGCACUGAAGAGGAUGAGGAACACGUGGCACAUGAGCUCUUUACAGAACUUGAUGAAAUUUGUGUUAAAGGUGGCAAAGAUGCGGAGUGGAAGGAAACUGCUAGGUGGCUAAAAUUUGAGGAGGAUGUGGAAGAUGGCGGGGAGAGAUGGAGUAAGCCGUACGUAGCUACACUCUCUCUCCAUAGCCUGUUUGAGUUACGAAGCUGCAUCAUAAAUGGAACUGUCCUAUUGGACAUGAAGGCCAACUGCAUCGAGGAAAUUGCAGAUUUGGUGCUUGACCAUCAGGAGGCAGCUCAUGAACUGGAUGACAGUGUAAGAAUGAAGGUUCGAGAGGCACUUCUGAAGAGACAUCAUCACCAGAAUGACAAAAAGAGGAACAACCUGCUGCCUAUGGUCAAAUCCCUCACCGACUCUGGCAGGAGACAUAGUGAACCUCACUCUAUGGAUAAAACGGGUCCUGCCACCUCUCCUCAGCCUCCACCGACAAACCCAGAUGUAAAGAAUAGUGCAGCACCGGACAAUGGCCAGAUGGAUCUCACCAAGGUUGACACACAUUUCAUGAAAAAGAUCCCAACUGGAGCUGAAGCUUCUAAUGUGCUGGUUGGAGAGCUGGACUUUUUAGAGAGAUCCAUCAUUGCAUUUGUUCGCCUGUCUCCUGCUGUACUGCUCACAGGGCUUACUGAAGUUCCCAUUCCCACUAGAUUCUUGUUCAUUUUGCUCGGUCCAGAUGGAAAAGCCCAGCAGUACCAUGAGAUCGGUCGCUCUAUGGCCACCAUCAUGACCGAUGAGAUUUUCCAUGAUGUUGCAUACAAGGCCAAGGACAAGAAUGAUUUGUUGGCUGGUAUUGAUGAGUUUCUGGAUCAAGUGACAGUUUUGCCUCCAGGAGAAUGGGACCCUGCUAUACGCAUAGAACCUCCUAAAAGUGUCCCAUCACAGGAGAAAAGAAAGAUGCCAGGAGUGCCGAACGGAACAGUGGUUCCCGUUGAGGAAGAGCAGCAUGGGGAACACCAUGGACUAGAACUACAGAGAACUGGAAGACUGUUUGGAGGACUGAUUCUGGAUGUGAAGAGAAAAGCUCCAUUUUAUCUGAGUGAUUAUAAAGAUGGUCUGAGUUUGCAGUGUGUAGCCUCUUUUCUGUUUCUAUACUGUGCCUGCAUGUCACCUGUUAUCACGUUUGGAGGGCUUCUGGGAGAGGCUACAGAGGGACGCAUUAGUGCGAUUGAGUCUCUGUUAGGGGCGUCUAUGACUGGAGUAGCAUACUCUCUGUUUGCUGGGCAGCCGCUAACUAUACUGGGAAGCACUGGACCGGUCCUUGUGUUUGAAAAGAUUCUCUUCAAGUUCUGCAAAGACUUCGACCUCUCGUACCUGUCCCUUCGUACUUGUAUUGGUCUGUGGACAGCUUUCUUGUGUCUGAUUCUUGUUGCAACAGAUGCCAGCUCCUUGGUCUGUUACAUCACACGUUUUACAGAGGAAGCGUUUGCUUCGCUCAUCUGCAUUAUCUUUAUUUAUGAAGCACUCGAGAAACUUUUCCAUCUUGGAGAACUGUACCCGAUCAACAGACAUGGCAAUCUGGACAAACUAACACUGGCCUAUUGUAGGUGUGCAGAACCUGAUAAUCCCAGUAAUAAAACACUAGAACUGUGGAAUCAGAGGAACGUCACAGCCUCUGCAGUACCAUGGAGCAACCUCACUGUAACGGAGUGUUUAGACCUCCAGGGGCAGUUUAUUGGAUCGGCGUGUGGACACCAUGGUCCCUACACCCCUGAUGUUCUCUUCUGGUCAGUCAUCUUGUUUUUCGGUACCGUUUUCCUGUCUAGCUUCCUGAAAGACUUCAAGACUAGCAGAUACUUCCCAACACGGGUACGGUCAGUGAUCAGUGAUUUUGCUGUGUUCCUCACCAUUGUUCUCAUGGUCCUGCUUGAUUAUCUCAUUGGAGUUCCAUCCCAAAAAUUGCAAGUGCCCAACAAAUUCAAGCCCACACGUGAUGACCGGGGUUGGCUAAUAAACCCCAUUGGGCGAAACCCAUGGUGGACUGUGUUGGCUGCCUCAAUACCAGCUCUUCUCUGCACCAUCCUCAUCUUCAUGGACCAACAGAUCACCGCCGUCAUAAUAAACCGCAAGGAGCACAAACUUGUAAAAGGCUGCGGGUACCAUUUGGAUCUUCUGAUGGUUGGAGUGAUGUUAGCUGUAUGUUCUAUAAUGGGGUUGCCCUGGUUUGUCGCAGCAACUGUCCUGUCAAUUUCCCACGUCAACAGCCUGAAGCUGGAGUCUGAAAGCUCCGCCCCUGGGGAGCAACCUCGAUUUCUGGGUAUUAGAGAGCAAAGGCUUACUGGGCUGGUCAUUUUCCUACUGAUGGGUUGCUCUGUGUUCAUGACUGGGGCAUUACAGUUCAUUCCCAUGCCAGUUCUCUAUGGUGUUUUUCUUUAUAUGGGCGCCUCAUCUCUGAAAGGCAUUCAGUUCUUUGACCGUCUGAAGUUGUUUGGCAUGCCAGCGAAGCACCAGCCAGACUUUAUUUAUCUACGUCACGUUCCUCUGAGGAAAGUCCACCUGUUCACUUUAACCCAACUUACCUGCCUUGUGCUGCUCUGGGUCAUCAAAACUUCCCCUGCCGCAAUCGUCUUCCCUAUGAUGGUGCUGGCAUUAGUGUUCAUCCGUAAGCUGCUGGACUGUUUCUUUUCCAAUCGGGAGCUUAGUUACCUUGAUGAUCUGAUGCCUGAGAGUAAGAAGAAGCUGGAUGAUGAUUCCAAAAAGGCAGAGGAGCAGGAAUCACAGGAGAUGCUGGUGGAUGACUCUGAGAAAUUAGAAGACAAAGACACAGUGCAGAUCCCAUUGGAGAGCAAACCUCUACACUCACCUAAAACACCAGACCCCAGGAACGAUCCCUCUGAUAUUAACAUAUCUCAUGAAAUGUCUAAAACCACUGUGUGGAAAUCCCUCAAUUCCAAUCACAAGGACACACAGCGUUCAAGUACACAUAAAAAGGAGGUUCCGUGAAGUAACCCCACAGAAAGAAGAAAUUACAUUCUUGGCAUCAGUUGUUUGAAAUUCAGCUGACUUGUGCUGAAAAGCGGCCAUGUGCUAAAAACACACAGAUAUUAGUUGACUCCUUUCCACUGUUUCUCACACUGUUUAUGUAUAGCUGUGUGAGAUAUUGGUGUGUCAGUGUGUGUUUGUGCAUAUGUGCAACAUAUUCUCCUACCGAAUCCAGGUUGUUUUUAAGUUUUAGCUGAGCUUUAGCAUACAUAUAGGUCUCUGUGCUGUGCUGUGCUGUGCUGUAGUGUACAUGUAUUUUUAUUUAACAUUUUUGUAAUUGUCUGGUUCUCAGUUUUGAAUAAUAGAGUUGUUUAAAUGUUCUCAUUUUAAGUAUAAUACUUGCUGUAAAUAUUACUGGAUAUGUGUGCUUUGUUCACCGUCUAAACAUCCACAAUAAGUAUGUAUGUUUAAGCCAAAUGGCUGAUCAGAAUAAUAACCUCAGUUUGAUCUAUUUUUGUGCCAGUAUAAAUAGCCAUCAGUUACAUUACACCUAUAUGAACCAAAUCAGUUCUUAUCCAGUAGACAGACUUGCCUAUUUUUAUUGAGUGUGUUGUAUUGUUAUAUUGUAAUAUUGAGCAAUAAAAGGCUUCUAUGUGGUUAGAU